GCAAGCUGUGCAAAUAUACGUCAACAAAAGAGCUGACUGAAAUAAGAAAUUAUGUCAGCAUGAGUCAACAUGAUUGUCAAAUUGCAAAAGGUGGGGAAUGACCUCGGACACAGAUAAAGAUGGCCAAUGUUGGCGGCAGGAAGAACUAAGGAUUGUUCUCCUGGGAUGGGACCGAUUAGAGAAGAGUAUGGUGGGCAAUGCCAUGCUUGGCCAUGAAGCAUUUGACACAGAGAGCAACACUGAUGUGUGCAUGAGGAAGCAGGGUGUCAGCGCAGCUGGGACUCAGCUCACGGUGGUUAACACACCUCAGGACUGGCUUCACUAUGUUGUCCACGACCCCGCUUCUGUUGAUCACAGACUGGUCACAAGCGCAUCAAUGUGUCAGCCAGGGCCUCAUGUCUUCCUCCUGGUUAUCUCCGUUGAUUCACUUUCAGGGAGAGAGCGCAGCCUUCAGGCAGCCAUUCUCCUGCUGAGUGACAUCCUAUGGCCAUACAUCAUAGUUGUGUUGACAGGCCUGGAAAAACUAACAGAGUCAUCGAUGAUAAAAGAUAUUGCUGAGGAAUACCAGUGCCUUCAAAGUGUUUUAGAAAAGUGUGGACACAGACACCACUAUCUAAACACAACUCAGCAGCCUCAAGACAGUGACCCCCAAGCUAUGGAUCUGCUGAAGAGCAUGCUGGCAAUGGCAGCAGGGAACCAAGAACAGACUGGUGAAGCUUUUCUCUGUCCAGACAGCAUACUGAAGGAGGCUGAGAGGAGAAUCAUUGUAGAUAACAAAAAGGCGAAAGUCAGAAGCUUGGGGCAAAAAGAAUGCCAGACACACAAACUUCUACAGGCAGGCAUUUCAAGUCGACGCACAUCAUUGCGGGUUGUGAUGGUCGGCGCCAGGCAGGCAGGGAAGAGCACAGUCGGAAAUGUCAUACUUGGCCACGAAGUCUUUCAAUCUGGACAUCCCACUAGCUGCUGUGUAGCAAGGGAAGGGGAUGCAGUAGGGAGAAGCAUCACAUUGGUAGACACUCCAGGUUGGGAGCACAAGAGCAGCAGCUCAAUAGAUACUCCAGAAAAAGUCAGACUACAGAGAGUGCAGAGCACCAUUAUGGACGAAACGGAACCAAAUGCAUUUCUUGUGGUCAUUCGCAGUGACGAGAUGUUUACGGAAAAUGAUAAACAUCUAUUGCAAGAGCACCUGACCCCAUGGGGCCGAGACGUAUGGCGAAGAGGCAUCGUUCUGUUCACCCGGGGAGAUCAGCUUGGAGAAACAACAGUGGAGAACCACAUAGAGAGGUGGCCAGCCCUUGUGUGGCUCGUAGAAAAAUGUUCGAAUAGAUACCAUGUACUGGAUAACGUUGUCAGGACAUGCAACUGCAAGGUGAAGGAGCUGAUUGAAAAAAUUGAGGCAGUUGACCUGAUCAAUGACAACCAGAUUUUGCUUCAAGCACUCUUGAAGGCCGAAAGGGACAAAUCGAAGCAGCGCUUUAAGGUGAAGGAACUUCAAAAGAAUGUGAGAGACCUUCAGAGAGACUAUGAGCAGCAGGAGAGACUUCAGGAAGAGAGAAACCAGAGGCUGCAAGAGACUCUUCAGAGCUGCGGCAAGAGAGAAAAGCUCUUAAAAGAAAAAGAACAGCGAAUAAAUGAAAGAUUGACAGAGUUUGAGGAGAAAAAGAAGAAGCAUCAAGAACAGAUAGAACAGCUGACCCAGAGUUGCAAUGAGAGGGGAAAGCUCUUGAAAGAAAAGGAACAGUUUAUAAAUGAAAGAUUGACAGAGUUUGAGGAGAAAAAGAAGAAGCAUCAAGAACAGAUAGAACAGCUGACCCAGAGUUGCAAUGAGAGGGGAAAGCUCUUGAAAGAAAAAGAACAGUUUAUAAAUGAAAGAUUGACAGAGUUUGAGGAGAAAAAGAAGAAGCAUCAAGAACAGAUAGAACAGCUGACCCAGAGAUGCAGUGAGCAGGAUAGAACAAUUGAAUUGAUGAGGAAGGAGCAGAUGGCAUUGAGGCAAACCCCAUUUGAUCAAGAAAGGGAAUCAGGGGAUCAUACACAUUGGUGUGGUGAUCAAAACAAUAUGUUGGAAAAUAUAUGCAAUAUGGAAUCUGUGCUGCAAAAAAAUAAUAACCCACAAUUAAUACCAUCAGAGGGUCUGCAACUGGACAGGCAGAGAGAGGUCAGGAUUCUGUCCUUAAGUGAGGCAGAGGGGAAACCAGAGAAAGGACAAACAGGCAUCAGAAGUGACAGCACAGACAGGAGUGAAACCAUGCAUUUGACUGAACCAACCUUUCUUCACAUGGACUCUGCUGUGGUUCAGAAAGUUGAGCAGCCUAUUCAGGAAGCCACAAAGCAACACCCACAACAACUGGAAAUCAAACCUGUGGGGACAACAAGGAGGUAUGAAGGAGCGGCUAUAGGAGCUGUGAUUGGGACCCUGGCAGGACUCCGCAGGGGGUUACUGUGGGCAGCCGUGGGCACUGCCAUUGGAGUCUCUGUGGGAGCUCUGCUGGAUUCCUAUCUCGGGGCAAAUGGUAAACACUGAGGAAACCAGGGUGUC